GGGUGUUCUCGGCGUACCAGGUCACGCGUCUUUACCGCAUUACUGCCGCGGUUGUCUACCUAGGUAGCAUCUCUUUCUGCACUGAUAACCUCACGUAACAGACCCCUUAAACGUUUGAAAGUUCAUGAUUUGAUCACCACUCUGAAAAUUGAUUUCACCUGAAUCUCGCAUUCCCAGGAUAGGAGGACAAUCUCCUCAUCCAGAUGAUCAGCUUAGAAAGUGCUGGGCUGGGUGACAUCAGUACUUCCCAUUCUCUGACGGUAUCGAUAUAAGAUCGCUGAACAAGUUUUGAGUAUAGACACACCCUACACAUAUUUUUGAACUAUAAGGACUGACUGGGGAAUACGUUUAGGAGGGUGCAUUACGCCUUGCAGAGGUUUGCUCUGCUUUUUGGACUUUGUUGUGCCCGUCUCCAAUGUUGAGUCUCAUUUGUUUCUACAAAGUACAGAUUCUAAGAGAUGACCAUUGCGAUUUGUUGAAUUUUCCUUGUCCAGUAUGAUGGAGUGACAUCCGGAACGAAGUAUGAUGGUGCUUCCUUCCAACGGAGUGGAGAGGGGCGAGAAUCCCAGCAUGUACUCAAGCAGCACAAUGCAAAUAUGACAGUGGAAGGCACUGCCUAGUGGUACGUCAAGGUUUUCCGCAAUGUAAAGCAACGAGCGACACAUUAAAGAUUUUCUGAGUUUGCCCAGUCACUAUUUUUAGAUCGCAAGGCUUCAAGGCAGAAUUGAAUUGUCCAUGAGGCAUAUUUGUAAAGAUGCAAAGUCAUCAUUGGCCAAGUUCCAAGCCAGCCUUGCGCUCCAAAGCUGGAUUUCAGCUGGUCUGCAGCAACGAAGUGCUUUAUAACGCAUAAUUUUCUAAUAGCAAUUUCCUUCUUGUCAUCUGCUUGUCUAUUUGGAGAAUUUCAGUUCUUGAACUGUACUAAGUUGUGCGCGCAAUAUGUCCUGGUCUGGCCCACCCCCAUCCUGGUACGGCCCUCCCCCAGUUUCUGGUUGGUGGGCAUGUACCAAGUGUUGGGAUUGGAAUAGUCCUUACACCGCACCGAAGAACUGUGGUAGUUGCAAUGCUCCACGGUUUGAUUCCGAAGAGCCUGGGUCCAGAAAACAAGAGUUCUCUUAUUCCAAAGAACGACUCGCCAAAGUCAGAUUUGGGGAAUUGUCAGCCCAGAGCGUAGAAGACAAGUCCCCUGCCGAAAAGAUCUCCGAAAAUACGACGAAUGAAGUCCAGGGGAGCAUCAACACAUCGACGCAGUCUUCUACAAAUUCAUUUUUGCCGGAUCAAAAACAACUUCGCGAUCGUAACUCCCAACUCGGCUCGUCAGGCAACCAGCUAGAGAACAGCACUGAUGAAGUUCUUCCUGCUGCCUCGUCGGAAGACACAACGUCAAGGCUCCAUUUGGACGCUGGUGCGAAUAAUGAGAAAGGAAAUCUUGGAGCUGGUGGACGACAUAUCAGCGAUCGUACAAUUGCAUCUCAGGUAGCCGAUGGACAUGUAAAUCAUCGGACUGGCUUCCCUUGCGACCAAAAUACAGCAUUAUCUGUUAUUUCUGAUGCAGAGUCCAUUGGAUUCUCAAGGACUUCAUCCUUCAUCUCACUUGCUGACAGCACGUUUUCCUCCAUCGCCAGUGGCUCGUCACAAUCCUCGGCAGCUGGUUCCACGGCACACACAGAACAAUUUUCGAAGUUGGUAUUUGAAGAUGAUAUUUUACAGCCGACGUGCUUUGCGAUUGUUGGUCUCAUCUCUCUUGAGCGGUUCGAAAGGAAGCUAAGAAGGUCCCUGAGGUCCUUUUCAGCCGACCUUCUUGAAGAGGCGACAUGCCCGCGAGAGCAAGAAGCCGCCAGAUUUGUGAAGAAAAGGGCAAGGAACUGUGCCCACCUCAUAUGCAAUGAGCUGAAUGCUACCCGACAACUAUUCAGAGACAAGCAGAACUUAGCUCCUCGACUGAGGGAGCAAUCGUCAGAGUCGGAGUUUAGCGAAGAUGAGGAUGGAAUGACUGACAUCCGGGACCUGAGUGUGUUCAUUCUCCAGUCUCAUGCCUUCGAGCAGCUAAGAGAGAGCCUGAAAUCAUAUCUUGCCCAGCAGAUCUUCUCGUCCCUGCCAUUCUCCGACUUGGAUACUGGAAACACACCCUAUGGAGCGACUUCUGUGAUCAGCGACCCGAAACCCUGUGUAAAUUUGCAGCAAACGUGCAGCGCCUGGCUAAGGUCCAAGUUCCGAUGGCAUACCUCUCCUAAGCUGAAUGAUGGCACAAAUAAAGUGCAGUGGAAAUGUGUGAGUACUCAGUUUCACUCCUGGACUACCUUCUUACUGUUCUAGCCAUGUGGUGCAAUUAUCUGGGAUAUUUACGACGAGCUUGAACCAGGAGCGGCAAAACUUUUUGAGAGACAGCUUCGUAGAAGCUUGCGUAUUCGUCAUCGAAGCCGGAGUGGUUUCUCUAUGAAAAGCUUCGCAAUACUUCAAAGACUUUCGUCCUUGCCCUCAACUCUGUCGAAGCUAAUAGGCACCAUGAUAGAGACAUUCCGCAGCUCACCAAAACCCGACCUUCCCUCCUUUGAGACAAGGCAACCGCCGUCUAGAACGACAUCCGUUCCAUUGACAGCUGUUUCCACGCAGAGUCUAUUCUUGUUACUCUGUGUUUGCAAUAGCAUUGGAGGUUCUCAAGUUGGUCUCGAACAACCCGCGGUCCACAGCAUCGAUUCGGAUAGGCAACUGUUCGCUCUUCUCAGCAAGUCUUACCGCUCCCUUCGUCAUCGCUGGUGGUCUUUCCUUUCUCUUUGGUCACUUCAAGAUGUAUUCUUCGUUCAUUUCGAAAUGUACAACGAAACACACGUGGACGUCCGAGAACGCGACUGCGUACCCACUUCGCCUGACUACUUGUACGAGAAAUGCAUGUUAAGGCCACCUAUUGGUUCAAACACUCUAAAGCACUUUUUACAGUGCCCAGAUUCUGCGGCGCUGGCCCGCCCGUGUCUAAAGAGGAUACCACGGAAGAUCGGAAAUCGACUUACAACCUGCCCUGAAAAGGGUAUAUCGCCUGGCUGGGGACUACACUUCGUUGAAGGGUGGAACAAAAAGAAGAUACUGAUUUUAUCAUAUGUGUCUUUCAUUUGUAGCUGUGUGGUGGCUCUUAUCCUAUGUUUUUGGAAAGGUUUUAGUGUUCAGGAUUCCGUUGGAAUCGCCAGUUUCAUUCUCGCCGUCUUCGCCGGCGGUGUCGUAACCUUUCAAGCGUCAACCAACAUGAUAUAAAUAUGCUACUCUAUAGAACAGCCUCUGUUAGCAACGCCAUUCCAACUUUGACACCUUAUAUAUCAUCCUCAAACUUUUGAAGC